AUGGCGUCCCAGCAAGCCUAUCCGGUUCUCCCAAAGAACCUGCUCAUCAUCUCGUUGAAGAUGUACUUCACACCCACCCGUACGCUCGACUACUGCCGGGCCCUGCUCGACCCCAAAAAUGAUAUUGUCCGCCCGGAGAAUCGCUCCAAGCUGUUGCUGGCCCUCAUCCCCGACUUCCUGACUGUCUAUCCCUGUGCGGAGAUUAUCAAGGCGUGGGAAUCCACUCUACCGAAGGAUGACACUUCUUCACUGCCGGCUCCAUUCCUGCUUGGAGCUCAAGAUUGCUUCUGGGAGCCCCUCGGCGCCUACACCGGAGAGGUCUCGCCGCUGGCGCUCCGCUCGAUGGGGGUGUCCAUUGUCGAACUUGGCCACGCAGAACGUCGCGCCAUCUUUGGUGAGACAGAUGACCAGACUGGCCUCAAAGCUGCCGCUGCAUGCGCACAAGGUAUGGUUCCGCUGGUUUGCAUUGGAGAGGUCACCGCUCCCGGCCCCGUAGCCUCGCAAGCCAUUGGGCAGGCCGUCAGCGAAUGCGAAGUCCAGAUCCGGGCUGUCCUCCAGGCCAUCCCGGCGGAUGCGCCAGUCAUCUUUGCAUACGAACCAGUAUGGGCAAUUGGGAAGCCCGCUCCGGCGGGUGUAGAUCACAUAUCGGCGGUGGUCGAGGGCAUCAAGGCGGUGAUUGGCACCCGCGUGGGGGACGUCCGGAUCUUGUACGGGGGAAGUGCCGGACCGGGGCUGUGGGGCCCGGGCGGUCUGGGGAAGGCCGUCGACGGCAUGUUCCUGGGCCGAUUCGCCCACGAAGUCGACGGGGUCCGCAAGGUGGUCAGGGAGGUUGAAGAAACGUUGGCCUGA